CACGCACAAGAAAAUUUUUUCUCUUGGUUGGAUGAUCCGAUCUGAUCCAGUAGUCAAUCCAAAGUCGAAGAAGAAGAACAAAGGGAAGAAAGAGUAUGACGGACGGUGACUAGAAAGGUGGGUGAGAGGGUUGAAGCGCUACAGUUUCUGUAAGUUUUGAUACGUUUCAGCUUGUUAAUUGAAGUCAUCAUUAUCGAUAAGCUUUGGAUGGUUUCAACGACGAUUAUAUUGAACUACGUUAUCCAAAUCUUAAACACAAAGGUCUGGCUGGGUCUAUAGAAACAUCGAUUCUUAUCUCUACAUAAGAACAAUCCAUACAUACGCGUGUUAUAUAAACAGUGCAUGGACCCUUGUACUAGGCUACUGAUACACACAGCUACACCUACGGUUACACAAACAGCGGCGAUAGCACAACCUAGCACAAACGUACCUUCAAGCAUACACGUACACGUAUAUACAUACACACACAAGUAGACUUCGAUUCUAUUUCUGGGUAUACCUAUAUAAUACUGAUAUAAGAUAAUAUAAGUAUAGGUUGAAAGAUAGCAAUAUCUAUAUUUUGAUUGGAGAAACAAGUAAAAAAGUCUUGUUCCGAAAACAAACAAACAAAACAACCCACAAACAAUAGACGUUUUUGUUUACUUUUCUUAUUUACUGUUUUUUUUUUUAAGAAAAUAAAAACAAACGAAUAAGCAAACAGACUAUGAACUCUAUGGCGAAGGACGAAAUCAAGUGCCCUUUGAAGGGUGAAGCAUUGUUGACGAAUCCUCGUUUGAACAAGGAUACUGCUUUUACCGAAGAAGAGCGUAUCAAGUAUGAGCUUACAUCUCGCUUGCCUCCGGUUGUGGAAACCUUGCAGCAACAGGUUAACAGAGCGUACGAGCAAUACAAGUCAUUUGGCGACAGAGUUUUGGAAAAAAACUUUUAUUUGUCCCAAUUAAGUAUCCGAAAUCAGACUUUGUUUUAUGCUUUGAUUAGCCAGCAUUUGGUAGAAAUGAUCCCCAUCAUCUAUACACCAACCGAAGGGGAUGCUAUUAUGCAAUUCUCAGACGUAUAUCGUUACCCGGAAGGAUGCUUUUUGGACAUCGAUCAUAAGGAUUCACAGUAUAUCAAAAAUCAGCUUGGCGCAUUUGGAACAAAAGAUUCCGUCAAAUAUAUCAUUCUGACUGACUCUGAAGGAAUUUUGGGUAUCGGCGAUCAAGGUGUCGGUGGUGUUUUGAUUUCUGUUGCCAAGGGCCAUUUAAUGACUUUGUGUGCUGGACUUGACCCCAAUAGCUUUUUGCCCAUUGUGUUGGACGUCGGUACCGACAAUCAAAAACAUCGUUCCAAUCCUCAAUACAUGGGUCUUAAAAGAAACCGUGUGCGUGGUGAAGAAUAUGACCAAUAUUUGGAUACUGUCUUAACCUGCAUAAAAGAGGUGUUUCCCCAUGCCUUUAUUCAUUUUGAAGAUUUUGGCUUGAAAAACGCCAAACGAAUUUUGGACAAAUACAGCAAAGAAUUUGCUUGCUUUAACGAUGACAUCCAGGGAACUGGUGCCGUCGCUUUAGCUGCCAUCGUGGCUGCUCUUCAUGUUACAAAAUCACCUUUAACCGAACAACGCAUAAUGAUUUUUGGCGCCGGUACGGCUGGUAUGGGUAUUGCCAAUCAAAUCGUUAGUGCCUUGGUUGGGGAUGGUCUUAGCAAACAAGAAGCUAUUGACCAUAUCUACUUGGUUGAUCGCUAUGGCUUGUUACUGGAAAAGCACGCCACUGUUGCUACAGAAGGCCAAAAACCUUUCUUAAAGAAAAGCAAUGAUUUUCGGGACAUUAAGGAGGAAGAUUCUGUUGAUUUGGAAACUGCUAUCUCUCGUGUCAAACCUACCGUCUUAUUGGGCUGUUCUGGUCAAAGUGGUAAGUUCACCGAAAACGCUAUGCGCGAAAUGGCAAAACAUGUUGAACAGCCCAUUAUUUUCCCCAUCUCCAAUCCCACGAAGUUGAUGGAAGCAAGACCGGAUCAAAUCAAUGAAUGGACAAAUGGAAAAGCCCUUCUUGCUACAGGAUCACCUAUGCCUCCUAUCAAGCGUGAUGGUAAGGAUUACAUUAUUUCUCAAUGUAAUAAUGCUCUUCUUUAUCCAGCAUUGGGCGUGGGCUGUGUGCUCUCCGGCUGCAAGUUUUUGACCAAUGGUAUGAUGAAAGCAGCUUCUGACGCCUUAGCCACUGUUCCCAAGACUUUAUUCAAGUCGGAAGAGGCUCUUUUGCCUGAUCUGAAGAAUGCUCGUGAAAUUUCCCGUCACAUUACUCUAGCUGUCAUGAAGCAAGCCAGAAAAGAAAACAUGAAUACCACUGAGUUCCCAACGGAAGACAAGGCAUUGAGCGAAUGGAUACGAAACCAAGAAUGGGAUCCUUGUUACAAAAAGUUUGUUUAAUUUUCAAGGAGCCCAAAGGUACUAUGCAAAUUUUUACAUGCGAUUCCCACUGCUUGCUGACGAACAAGUUUGGAAAAAAGAAAAUGUAAAUCAUCAUCAUUCAUGGUUUAAAGCUCACUUUUUUGGAAUUCAUAUAUCAAUUUUUUUGUAAAGCAAUUUUGCUUUUUUUAUUUAAAACUGGUCUUCAUGUUCUUCAUACAUGACUCAAACAAAUAGCUGUCUAUAUUGUAUAACUUGUCGGUACAGCAUCCGAAACAUUGUUAACUUGUAUGGAAAAUUAUUUUUUAUGUAUUGAUUAUUCAGCGAAAAGAACCAAAGAAAUUACCACCAAAAGUCUACACCUAAGCAAAUUUGAAUGUAGAUUAGUCCAAAAAGAUUAACCAGAAACGAUCCAGGAUGACAGUACACAGUUGUCAGACACAAGAGUACAUUGGGAACCUAAAAUGAAAGAAGUACAAAUUCGUUUUCUUCAUAAAAAAGUGUUAAAACUUACAAGAUUCACUGGAAUUCUUUUCUUU